CCUGCCCUCCCUCCCUACUCCAAGCCCUCGGCUUCUCAUCCCCAGAAGGAUGUCCUACUUCGCUCGUCCUUGCUCUCGCAACUGCCGCCGGGAACCGACGCAGAGAAGGCAUCCCGCCGCAGUCUCAGCUGCAGCUGCAGGACCAAGCCGUGGACCCGGUGGAGACCCGCGGAGGAGGCGACAAACUUAGCGGUGCGGCACCCCCACCCCAGUCCUCGGCCGCCAGCCGGUAGCCUGCAGCAUGGCCCCUCUGUUCUUGCCUCUGCUGGUAGCUCUGGUCCUGGCCCGGGUCCCUGAGGCCUCAGCUGACGCUCUGGAAGGGGACAGCUCAGAGGACCGGGCCUUCCGCGUGCGCAUCCCUGGCACAGCACCGCUGCAGGGCGUGCUGGGCGGCGCCCUCACCAUCCCGUGCCACGUUCACUACCUGCGGCCGCCACCGAGCCGGCGGGCCGCGCUGGGCUCCCCACGGGUCAAGUGGACCUUCCUGUCCGGGGGCCGGGAGGCCGAGGUGCUGGUCGCGCGGGGGCUCCGUGUCAAGGUGAGCGAGGCCUACCGGUUCCGCGUGGCGCUGCCCGCCUACCCGGCGUCACUCACCGAUGUCUCCCUGGUGCUGAGCGAGCUACGGCCCAACGACUCAGGCAUCUACCGCUGCGAGGUCCAGCACGGCAUAGAUGACAGCAGCGAUGCUGUGGAGGUCAAAGUCAAAGGGGUCGUCUUUCUCUACCGAAAGGGCUCUGCCCGCUAUGCCUUCUCCUUCUCCGGGGCCCAGGAGGCCUGCGCCCGCAUCGGAGCACGCAUCGCCACCCCGGAGCAGCUCUACGCAGCCUACCUGGGGGGCUACGAGCAGUGUGAUGCUGGCUGGCUGUCCGACCAGACCGUGAGGUAUCCCAUCCAGACACCACGAGAGGCCUGUUAUGGGGACAUGGACGGCUUCCCCGGGGUCCGAAACUAUGGAAUCGUGGACCCGGAUGACCUCUAUGAUGUCUACUGCUAUGCGGAAGACCUGAAUGGAGAGCUGUUCCUGGGUGCCCCCCAAGACAAGCUGACGUUGGAGGAGGCCCAGGCGUACUGCCGGGAGCGGGGUGCAGAGAUUGCCACCACGGGCCAGCUGUAUGCCGCCUGGGAUGGCGGAUUGGACCGCUGCAGCCCAGGCUGGCUGGCUGAUGGCAGCGUGCGCUAUCCCAUUGUCACACCCAGCCAGCGCUGUGGUGGGGGCCUGCCUGGUGUCAAGACUCUCUUCCUCUUCCCCAACCAGACCGGCUUCCCCAACAAGCACAGCCGCUUCAAUGUCUACUGCUUCCGAGACUCUGCCCGGCCCUCUGCCAUCCCUGAGGACUCCAACCCAGCCCCUGAUGGACUGGAGGCCAUUGUCACAGUGACAGAGACCCUGGAGGAGCUGCAGCUGCCUCAGGAAGCUGCGGAGGAGAGUGAGUCCAGAGGGGCCAUCUACUCCAUCCCCAUCAUGGAGGAUGGAGGCGGUGGAAGCUCCACUCCAGAAGAUCCAGCAGAGGCCCCGAGGACCCUCCUAGAACUGGAAACCCAGUCCGUUGUACCUCCCGUGGAGUCCUCAGAAGAAGAAGGCAAAGCUCUGGAGGAAGAAGACAAAUACGAGAAGGAAGAGGAGGAGGGGGAGGAUGAGGCCCUGUGGGCCUGGCCCAGCGAGAUCAGCAGCCUGGACCCAGAGGCGUCUCUUCCCACUGAGCUGGUGCUAGAGGACUCGCUCUCCCUAGCACCCCCAUCUGCGAGGGCAGCCCUACAGCCUGGCGCAUCCUCACCUCCCAAUGGAAAGCCAGAUCCUCCUAGGCCUCCAAGAGUCCUAGGACCACCCACUGAGACUCUGCCCACUCCCAGGGAGGGGAAACUGGCAUCCCCACGACCUUCCAUUCCAGUUGGGGUGAAAGAGGUGGGGGAGGAGCCUGGGGGCCCUGAGCUGUCUGGGGUCCCUCGAGGAGAGAGUGAGGAGACAGGGAGCUCUGAGGACGCCCCUGCUCUGCUCCCAGCCACGCGGGCCCCGGAGGGAACCAGGGAGCUGGAGGCCCCCUCCGAAGAGGAUUCUGGAAGAACUGUCCCAGCAGGGACCUCAGUGCGGGCCCAGCCGGCGCUGCCCACUGACAGUGCCAGCCGCGGUGGAGUGGCCGUGGCCCCCUCAGCAGGUGACUGUGUCCCCAGCCCCUGCCACAACGGUGGGACAUGCUUGGAGGAGGAGGAAGGAGUCCGCUGCCUGUGUUUGCCUGGCUACGGGGGACACCUGUGCGAUGUUGGCCUCCGCUUCUGCAGCCCCGGCUGGGACGCCUUCCAGGGAGCCUGCUACAAGCACUUUUCUACCCGAAGGAGCUGGGAGGAGGCGGAGACCCAGUGCCGGAUGUACGGCGCGCACCUGGCCAGCAUCAGCACGCCCGAGGAACAGGACUUCAUCAACAAUCAAUACCGGGAGUACCAGUGGAUUGGGCUCAAUGACAGGACCAUCGAAGGCGAUUUCCUGUGGUCAGACGGCGUCCCCCUGCUCUAUGAGAACUGGAACCCUGGGCAACCUGACAGCUACUUCCUGUCCGGAGAGAACUGCGUGGUCAUGGUGUGGCAUGACCAGGGACAAUGGAGCGAUGUGCCCUGCAACUACCACCUGUCCUACACGUGCAAGAUGGGGCUGGUGUCCUGUGGGUCCCCACCGGAGCUGCCCCUGGCUCAAGUGUUUGGCCGCCCGCGGCUGCGCUAUGAGGUGGACACAGUGCUUCGUUACCAGUGCCGAGAGGGGCUGGCCCAGCGAAACCUGCCACUGAUCCGCUGCCAGGAGAAUGGCCGCUGGGAGCCCCCCCAGAUCUCCUGUGUGCCCCGCAGGCCUUCUCGAGCUCUGCGCCCAGUGAAGGCCCCAGAAGGACGUCAGGGGAGGCUACUGGGGCGCUGGAAGGCGCUGCUGACCUCUCCUUCCAGUCCUGUUCCGGGUCCCUAGGGGCAAGACCUUGAAUACUGCUGCCCCAGCACUGCCCUCAUGCCCCACCAUGGGCAGUGACCACAUGAGAGGGCUGGAGCUGGAGUCCAGGUGACAGUGCCUGAGGGGCUUCUGGGAAAUACUGGGCAGCUCCAGCCCAGCCUAGGCCCUUUCAACCCUGCCCUGGGCAUCAGGUUUUCACCCCAGGGCCUCAAGCAGUCCCUAAGUGCCUCAACUGCCCUCUCCUUGACAGCUGUCCUGUCCCCUCCAUUCCCUGAGGGACUCUGCCCCCUCAUUCUCAGUUCUCCAAGGGAAUGAGUUUGCGGACGGUGUGCCUGUAAACCCAGCAGGAAAUAAAGCUGCGUUUGAGCCCAAGCAA